AUGCUUAAAUCCUGUAGACUAUUGCAGGGGCCGAGAUUAGCGUUGGACCCUAGACAAGGGACUGGACGAGGAGGCGAGUCCAUCUAUGGAGCCAAGUUUGAGGACGAGAUAACACGUGAGUUGAAGCACACGGGUGCCGGUGUGCUGUCCAUGGCCAAUGCCGGGCCCAACACCAACGGCAGCCAGUUCUUCCUCACUCUCGCCCCCACUCCCUGGCUCGAUGGCAAGCACACAAUAUUCGGUCGUGUGUCGCAUGGAAUGGACGUGCUGAAACGGCUGGGCAACGUGCAGGCCGACAGGACUGACAGGGAUGGCGUGUGUGACGCGUACAUUGCAUCUGGACGUCAGGUGUAUCACUGUCAAAUGCCAGUAGGCCAGGAGAAUUUGUUGCAACAGGGCAAGGCGCAGGUGCUUCUGCCGCACCGUGUCGAGGACGUCACACCAGUGCCUGUCCCCUCUCUCCUGCACGCACUGCCCGUGCAGAGCCUCGCAUCUGCGGCCCUGGGAGGCACCGGAGGGCGAGCAGCCGCCACUCUCCUUUCCUCUGUGGACUCACUUGGUCGAGCCAUCGUCUCCACCUUCUCCUCUUCAUCUGCAGCAGCAACUAUUGGUUCCAUCUCCCACUCUCCCACUCUUCCUCGUCUCUGCGACUCCUCCUCAUCUCUCCCAUCGAUAGCCUCACACAUCGCAGUGCCUCUCGACUCCCUCGGCCACCUCUCCCCUUCCACUGCGGGACUGACUCCUGACUCCCUCUGCCACCUCGCCCCCUCCCCCUGCGGCAUCACUGAGCCAGGCCCAUGCUGCACUGCCAUCUCUGUCACAGGACCCUCCACCAUCCGGGUGGCUACGUCCUGUUUCUUCCCCCGAUUAGUAGACCUGCACGACCCUGCUUUCCCCUCCCCCGCUUCCCCCCUGCGCACAUUCCACCUGCCCUUCCCCCCCGCUGCUGUGGGCUUCCUGGGGGGAACUGAGCGGGGCAGAAGGGGAGGGAAGCGGAGGGGAGGGGAGAUGGAAGGGGAGGGGGAGGGGAAUGCGGUUGAAGGGGUGAGGCUGCUGGCAGUGUGCGAAGGGCCUCAGGUGUGUGUGGGUUGGGGUCUCUUUUGUCUCUUUUGUGCGGCGAGGGGAGGGCGGGAGGGGUGCGAAGAGCAGAGAAAGGGAGGGGUAAAGGGGGGAGUGGAAGGGGGGGCAAGGGGGGGGAAUGGGGAGGGAUUGAGGCCGGGGGGAGGGGAAGGGCGCAGCCAAGUAGAGAGAAAGUGA